AUGAAUCUUAUUCCGUAUAUACAUUCUACGGACAACGUCAGUUGGUUCGUCGAUGAUCUGUCCUCGAGAAUCGUCGCUCAGACCGGUAUCCCGUCUGACCGAUUCCACCUCGGCAAAUUAAUAUUGCAGAGCUUAAAAGACGACCCGGAUUUCGUCUUGCAGAUUGAUGGAGGAACAGGACAAUCCGAAACAAACAAGUCAGUGUUGCAAAGGUCAAUACAGUGUGCCGUUUCCUUGACCGAGCUGGGACUAAAGAAAGAUGAUCUCAUCGUCCUUAUGGGAUACAAUCAUUUGGACUUGGCAAUACCAUUAUACGCUGCCUUGUAUCUAGGACUUGUUAUUUUCAAUGUAAAUAUGGAGAUGGGAGUAGAUUCACUCGAGCAAGUUUUCGCCUCAAAAAAACCAAAACUCAUAUUUAGUCAGAGCAAAAAAAUACUUGACAUAAAAAAUUCACUGAAGACUUACGAGGGUGACGUCAAAUUAGUUUCUUUCGAUGACAACGAUGAAAGGGACGUUUUAAAUUUCUCUGAACUCAUGAACGGCUACAAGAAUGAUGAAGCGAUUGAAAAUUUUAAGCUACGAUUUGAUAAAUUUCCGACACCUACAAGGUCACCGUUAAUACUAACACCGAUUCAUUGGAUCUCGGCUGGAUUGCAUUUCGUGUUCUCGCCGAUAUUGCGAUACACGAGGACUCAGUCAUCAAAGCCAACGACUAGAGAACACGUUUAUCAUCUAAUUAAUACAUAUAAGCCAACACACUUGAUAACCACUACGCCCUAUAUCCUUGCGCUUUUGGAAAACCGAGGUCAAUGCGACUUCGACAGUUUUGAAUUCAUUCAUGUCGGCGGUUGUCCCCUAACAAAAGACGUAUCAGAUUAUUUAAACUUGAUUGAUAUUACAACGCAAAAAGACAUAACAGAACCCAAUAUACAGGGCGAAUUAUGGUUGAAGGGACCCACGAUCUUUAAGGAAUAUUACAAUGACCCCGAAAAUACAAAAGCAGCAUUUUCAGAAGAUGGCUGGUUUAAAACCGGCGAUAUUAUGUACAGAGAUGAAAAUUAUAAUUUCUUCUUUGUUGAUCGAGUUCAAUUGUUAAUUCACUAUAAGAAUUAUCAGAUAUCACCGCUUGAAAUAGAGAAGGUCAUUCGCCAGCAUCCGGGUGUGUUGGACGUCAUAGUCACCAGUGUCACGGACGUCCAGCGCGAGGAGCUGCCGUGCGCUUGUGUCGUGCUUAAAGAGGGACAUCGCGUCACCGAACAGGAAAUCAAGGACUUGGUUAAAGAUUCGCUUUCGGAUCCAAAACAAUUGAGAGGCGGAGUUAUUUUCCUAAAAGAAAUGCCGACGACUCCUCAACUUAAAAUUGACAGAAGGAAAAUAAAGGAAUUUGUGAUUAACACUGUGAGGGAAGCAUAA